CACACACACACACACAUGCACACAUGUUUUGUUACAUCAUUAGAAUCUAAUCUAAUCCAGUGAACCUCACCAUCAAAGAUUUUUUUGCCGCUGAUUAUAUUUUACUUAGACGUGUUACAAGUGCAUUCUUCACUCUCUGUGUCUGUAUGUGCCCGGGGUAGAGGGAACACUGAAAGGAAAAGAUGGGGCAGAGAAAUAGGAAGAGAAAUAAACUCCAGGAGCAAACGUCCUAAAUGCUGUGGCUUCCAAGCACUGCUAGCAGGUUGUGGGGCUAGCCAGAAAAAAAAUAGAGCCACUUAUUCUGGAAGGCAUGGAGAAAACGUGAGAAGAGAAGGGAAAUCAGAUCAGAUUGGAUGGAAGGGAGGAUGAGGGGAGCAAGAGAAACUCGGCUCCGGUGAAAAGGACCCGUCAUUCCUUUCCAGGAUGUAAUUUGCUGAGAUCCGCCACUUGCAUUUCGUACGUAAAUGAGGCGGCUUCCCCGAGGGUGAGUUGGGCUGGGCUGAGCCUCCGGGAACAGCAGGGAUUUGAGCACUGAGCCUCAGAGCAGAGCGCAGCCAAAAGGCAUCACAUCUCCAGCCAGCCCCAAAGAGGAUGGGCAGGACACCGAAGCAGAGAGGACGCGAGGAUUAAAGGACUCGGGAGAGGAAGCCGGCCCUCUGCAGAAGCUGUCAAAACUCAGGACUGGCAAGAGAAGUCAGGUCAGCCUCUCAGGCUCGUAGUUUCAGGGACUGACCAUUUCUCUAUCUCCGAAGAGAUUCCUUCCCCAGGGAAGUGAAAAUAAUGAACUUUUGGAGGUAUUACUUUUUUGCUUUCACUGUGUUCAGUGUGGUUAUUUGUGUGAUAUUUUACAAUAGCCAGUUGAGCCCGCCAAAAAGUUACGAGAAGCUGAACAGUUCCAGAGAAAGGUAUUUUAGAACAGAUGCCUGUAAUUAUGCUUUAGAAGACGAGCCGACCUUUCUGUGGGACAAUACCUUACCAUUACCUUUGGGAAGUGUUCCCUGCAAGGACUACCUGAUCCAGAAUCACUAUAUUACAAGUCCCCUGUCAGAAGAGGAAGUCGCAUUCCCUUUGGCCUAUGUCAUGGUCAUCCACAAGGACUUCGAUACUUUUGAAAGGCUCUUUAGGGCUGUCUAUAUGCCCCAAAAUGUCUACUGCGUUCAUGUGGAUGAGAAAGCCCCAGCUGAGUUUAAGGAAUCUGUGAGGCAGUUACUGAGUUGUUUCCAAAAUGCUUUUAUUGCUUCAAAGGUAGAGUCUGUGGUUUAUGCAGGAAUUUCCAGGCUCCAGGCUGACCUGAACUGCCUGCAAGACCUUGUCACCUCCGAGGUUCCCUGGAAGUACGCCAUCAACACCUGCGGGCAAGACUUCCCCCUGAAAACCAACAGGGACAUUGUUCAGCAUCUGAAAGGAUUUAAAGGGAAAAAUAUUACCCCAGGGGUGCUGCCCCCUGUUCACGCAAUUGGACGGACUAAAUAUGUUCACCGAGAGCAUAUAGGCAAAGAUGGCUCUUUUGUGAAAAAUACGAAAAUUUUGAAAGCCUCACCUCCACAUCAGCUGACCAUCUACUUUGGCACUGCCUAUGUGGCCCUUACCAGAGAGUUUGUCAACUUUGUUUUCCAUGACAAAAGGGCCAUUGAUUUACUUCAGUGGUCAAAAGACACCUAUAGUCCUGACGAGCAUUUCUGGGUGACGCUCAGUAGGAUUCCAGGUGUCCCUGGCUCUAUGCCAAACGCAUCCUGGACCGGUAACCUCAGAGCUAUAAAGUGGAUUGACAUGGAAGACAAACACGGAGGCUGCCACGGCCACUAUGUACAUGGUAUUUGUAUAUAUGGAAAUGGAGACUUAAGGUGGCUGGUGAAUUCACCAAGCCUGUUUGCUAACAAGUUUGAGCUGAAUACGUAUCCCCUUACUGUGGAAUGCCUAGAACUGAGGCUUCGAGAAAGAACCCUCAACCAGAGUGAAACUGCAAUACAACCCAGCUGGUAUUUUUGAUCUGUGACAACUCAUGACCGAAGGGACAUUGCAGAUGGGAAGAAGAGCUUUUCUUUGUGAGACUUUUGCCUUGGUUGUGUUAAUGGUUUCAGGACCACGAUAAUGGCUUCAGGACCUGGCAACACGAUUAUAUUUAAAAUAUCCACUGGACACUGUGAAAUACGCAAACAGGAUGGCUAGGAGUGAUCCUGGCACUUUGGCCAGCCUUGCUUGUUCCCUCACGCUCACCUUGUUGUUAUGAUCAAUGUUAAAUUUAAAUGUCAUUAGAUCUUUGCACCAGAGACUCAUUAUAUGUAAAUGUUGUAAUAAAAAGGAGAAUUGUACAUAAUACUAUUUACCAAAAUAAGAAUUAGGUUUCUUUGAAGAAGGAAUCUUUUAUAACACAUUAAUAGUCACCACUCUGCUCAACUAAACAUAAAUAUAGAAACAGCUUUGGGUAACUCACCAAUUUCCUUUAAAACAUAAGCUGUCAGAAUUGAGAACAGAUCUUGCUCCUGAGUUGCAACACUAACAUUUUCAGUUUUCCCACAUGCUAACUUCUGUAUAUAGUAUAAAGAAGUCAUUAACGAGAGACAGGAUGUGCUUUAAGACAGAAGUCACUGCUGUUUCAGUAAAAGGACCUCAGGGGAAUAGAACAUUUCUCUAUUAUAUGCCAGAAGGUACUCUUCCCUCUUCCAUGGUUUUCACUGAGAACACUGAAAAGUCCUUGUGAGAAUGAAGAUAUGUCUACAAGAGAGGUGCUAUUGCAUAGAUCUAGUCUCAAGACUGGAACACCUCAGAAUGAAUCACUUUCCUCUUCUGUGACCGCCCCCUCCUCAAUAUUAUCUUACUUGCAAAAUAGAGACCAAAUUCUACCCUGUGAGCCUUUUAACUACACCAUAGUAUUCUCUGAGUAGCCUGAUGCUGAUAGGAGUGCCUGGAUUUUUUUUUUUCUUUUUGAGACAGAGUCUUACUCUGUUGCCUGGGCUAGAGUGCGGUGGCGUCAGCCUA